GUAUUAAAGGAUUCUUGCUGCUGUAUAUAUGUACAUAUAUGGUAGCCAAGCCUGUGCUCAAUAUUUCAACAAAGACAGUUGAAACCACAUACAAAGUAAGUCAAGUAAUCUAUUAUAAAUUUAUGAGCUUCAUCUGUUAGGCUGCAUCUGCUAGGCACAACACAUCUCUUCAUUAAUAAAUAACUGGUAAAGAUUUGUUUUGUUUACUGAUCAUAUUUAAUAAAUAUUUCAUUUUUGAAUCCAUGAGGAUUGGCCUUUUCUAUCAUGUUUGGAUACAUGUAUUUUUUUAUCAAAGAAUUUUGAUCCCAGUGUUUAGGUCAACAGAACUUGAUCUACACUCAAGAAAAUACAGUUUAUAUAUAUUUAGUGCAUGAUACAGUGACAUACACUAUGCAUACCAGAAAAUAUGAUACUAGUGCUUCUGUUGGUAGCCAUGGAGAUAAUUUUUUAUUAAAGAAGCCUGCCCCCAUCCACUUCCGUUUCAGCCAUGAAGAAAACAGGAUGGAGUCCCAACCACAGCAGGCUGUCUCCAGCAACAACACCCUGGUGCUGGUGGGGCAAAGGGCCAGCCCUAUAAAUUCCCUAGAGUGUGAACACCUCACUAAGCUUGUACAGAAUGAAAUUAUCUUGGACAAUGAGAGCACAGAUGGAAAAAUCAUGGCCAUGAAAAAAUUAGCAUGGGAGAGGGUCACCCUCCAUCUUAAUGCAGCUGGAUAUUGUGAGAAGAGAACAGUAUAUCAGCUGCAAAAAGUAUGGGAGUGCAUUAAAGCCAACUGUCCAGAGAAAAGAAGCAGUGCAUCCUGUAACUUUGUAUAAGGAGAUCACACCACAGGAAGAGGAGGUGCUACAUGUGGGUACCCCAGUAUCUGGAUGCACCACCUCCAAAUCCUUGGAGAUGCCAAUAUCUUUAUCCAAAGUCCUGAUAAGGCCUGGCGUCCAGGGAGCAGUAAACGACACUACUCAGUUUGAGGCUAUAACACGCUGUUGGACAGUGGGUGGAUUCGUCACAGAGAGUGGAUGUCCAGUGAGAGCCAGCUGACAAACACACCUGUGCUCCGAGAGCCAUCAACAUCCCAACACAAUGUCUCCAAAAGACCAGAGGAUGCUGCCAAAAUAACUUAUGAGUAUUGAGUUUCUUGAACCUUGAUGAAAUCUGUUAUUUAAACUUUAUAUUUCAUGUAUAUAUUACAUUCAUAUAAAUGAGUACCAAUUAACACCCCUUGUGACUGCUGGCACCUAGCCAUAUAUCUAUAUCAAUCUCUUCUUCAUCUUUCCCUCCUCAGUUUCAACCUAAAGACACCACUGCCAUCUCAUCUACUAUUUCUAAAGCUGAACUCUGUUCAAACCUUUUGCUAAAAACUGUACUCUUGAUGAUUCUGAAUUUGUUCCUCCCUUUCCUCCACCAUCCUACUAUUUCAUACCUCUUAUCAAGAUUCAUGCUGGCCAUAGCCCAUGGAAGAUGUUUGGACCUGAUGGCACAUCUCCAUUUGUUCUCUAAAACUGUGCCUCUGUGUUUCCACCUUGCCUGGUCAAACUCUCUCAAUAGCUACCUUUCUUUUUUUGCUGGAAGUUUGCCAACAUUCAGCCUGUUCCUAAAACAGGUCACUGAUCUAACCCUUCAAAUUAUUAUCUUAUUACUUUGAUUCCCUGCCCUUCUAAAGUUUUCUAGUCUAUCCUUAACAGGAAGAUUUUUAAACAACCAUUGUUUCCAUUCUACCAGUGAUCUGGCUUUUCUAACUGAGCCUGUUUUAGGGAUUUUGGUGAAACUGUUGCUUUAGACAUAUCAAAAGCAUUUGAUAUAGUCUAGCUUACAGUUUUAAUUUCAAAACUAACCCCCAUAUACCUUUUAUCUGUCUUUGUAGCUUCAUCUCAAGUUUUCUAUCAGACUAUUCUGUUGUUGCUGUGGUAGACAGUCAUUGUUCUUCAAAGUGUGUUAAUACAGUAAAAUCCCUCUCAUCCGGCAUUCGAGUAUCCGGCAGCUUCAAGUAUCCGGCACAUUUUUCCCCGAGCCUCAAAAUCAAUAAAAAAUCAAUGUGUACUCAUAAAA